UCAAAGUUACUGCUAAACUGCUUCUGCUUGUAGAAGAGCUUAGUGACAAAAGACCAGACAACAAAGAUAUAAUAAAUAUCAGAUGGAUAGUGUUUUUUGUAACAGUUAAUACAACAAUUUGGAACUAG